AACCUAAAGGAGAUUCUGGCAGAAAUUAUCUCUUCAGAACAAGUGCGUGUGUCAGAUUUCAGGAAGGCUCAUGGUGGUUCAGUCAUUGGACAGGUGACUGUAGAUCAGGCCUAUGGCGGCAUGAGAGGCAUUAAGGGCAUGGUGUACGAGACGUCGGUUUUGGACCCCGAGGAAGGGAUCCGUUUCCGUGGCUACAGUAUCCCAGAAUGCCAAGAACUGCUCCCCAAGAUCCCAGGCGGGGAGGAACCGCUACCAGAGGGGAUCUUCUGGCUGUUGCUUACUGGAAAGAUUCCAAACAAGCACCAGGUGGAGCACCUCUCCAGGGAAUGGGCUGAGAGAGCCGACAUCCCCUCCCACGUAGUGACCAUGUUGAACAACUUCCCCAGCACUCUGCACCCCAUGGCACAGUUCAGUGCUGCCAUCACCGCUCUCAGCAGCGAGAGCAAGUUUGCUAAGGCUUACUCUGACGGUGUUCAUAAGGCAAAAUACUGGGAGUAUGCAUACGAAGAUGCCAUGGACCUAAUCGCCAAACUGCCCACCGUGGCCGCCAUGAUCUACAGAAACCUGUAUCGCGAGGGGACAAAUGUGGGUGCCAUUGAUCCCAACAAUGACUGGUCUGGCAACUUUGCCUCCAUGCUAGGAUAUGAUGAUCCAUACUUCACAGAACUCCUGAGAUUAUACCUAUGUAUUCACAGUGACCAUGAAGGUGGCAAUGUCAGUGCUCACACAGUCCACCUUGUAGGCAGCGCCCUCUCGGACCCCUACCUCUCCUUUGCCGCAGGAAUGAACGGCCUCGCGGGACCCCUACACGGACUUGCCAAUCAGGAGGUGUUAGUGUGGUUAGAGAGGUGCCAAGAGGCUCUGGGUGGAGAUCUUACAGAUGAUAAUGUCAAAAACUUUAUCUGGAACACACUCAAAUCAGGACAGGUUGUUCCGGGCUACGGCCACGCCGUGCUGAGAAAGACUGACCCCAGGUAUCAGUGUCAGCGUGAGUUUGCCCUGAAGCACCUGCCAGAUGACCCUCUGUUCCAAGUGGUCAGCCAGCUCUACAAGCUGGUGCCAGACAUCCUCCUGGAGCAGGGCAAGGCCAAGAACCCCUGGCCCAACGUGGAUGCUCACAGCGGAGUCCUGUUGCAGCAUUAUGGCAUGACAGAGAUGAACUACUACACAGUGUUGUUUGGUGUGUCCAGAGCUCUGGGAACUCUGGCUUCUCUGGUGUGGGACCGCGCUUUAGGACUUCCACUCGAAAGACCAAAGUCCAUGAGCACCGACGGCCUGAUGCAGCUGGUCGGAGUUAGCUCCUCCGAUUAGAAAAUGGGUCGUCUGGAUUAUUAGUUAAUUAAUUAAUUAACGAGUUCCUCUCUGCUGCAAAUUCAUAGAAAAGACACAAUGCAAACUGGUCUGAAAAGAAUGGAUUACAUAACAUGACUGCAAUUGUAGAAAUUUUUAACUUAAAUCUUCUUUGUGGGUUCCUGUAUUGUUUUUGUUUGUGGAAUAUGAAUUGGAUGGCAAAUUUAUGUUUGACUGCAUGCUGCAAUGCUGAAUGACAACAGAAGAAAAUUGAUCCUGUUUCUAUUCCAAUUAAAAAAAGGUAGUUUUCCUAUUAAUGAAAAGACCCGAAAUUUUGUACCAUAUAUUUGAAAAUUAGAUUCAACUGUUAUAAAGAAUGCCUUCCUGUGGAAACAGUUCCUGUAAACAGUUUAUGACAGUUGUGGCAGUGUUCCUUGUAAUUUAUUUGUUGUCCUUUGUGAUUUGAGUUGUUUAGACUGUGAUGAAACCGUUUGUUUGUUGAUUUGCACCCAAGACAUCCUGUUGAGCCAUAUUUUCUUUAGUACAGCACACUCAACUCUGUUUACUUAGUGGAUAACUUCACACAAGAACUUGAGCCAAACCUUAGUAUACUCACUGUCAGGCAUUUUGGUUUUUCUAAAUGCAUAGAAAGAAGCAUUUUUAGGCCAGAAAAGUGGUUGGUUUUAUGGUUUACUAUUAAUUUACCCAAGAUUCACGUAUAAUAAUCUUUUUUGAUCUAAAAGAAGACCAAAAUGUUUCAGUUACUCAUCCUUGUGAUAAUAUUCCCAGAAAAUACUGUCUUUCAUUUCACGAUGGUCUCCUUGGUGUUUUCCCACGUUUGUUUUGAUCUUUCUGAACCGAUAUUAAACUAGAACACGUCAUUGCACAGAAAAUGUCGAUGUAUUGGAACCAUGCUCUGUUUGUGAAUUGCUGAACAUUCGUCCUUUUUUUAGCAGAAAGCAUAAGCACGACAACCGCUCUUUAUGACUUUGUGGAACAAAAGUACUUUUUUUGUAAGAGAAAAUAAAAAUGUGAAGUAACUACAGCAAACUCGCAUUAGAAGUAUAUGUGAUACAGUCUGGCAUAUUGCAGGUUUUCUUUGCUAUAUUAUAUUCGUAAGAGAUUGGCGCUCUUCAGUUAUCGGUCAUGUAAGCAUUUUGUCGCUGAGAGGCACUUCAUAUUCAACAUGUAAGUUUUAAGCUGUUGACAUUUGCUGUAAUAUUCUUAAAAUGAGCUCAUAUUACAAAAAAAUUAAUAUUUAGACAAAAUAAACGGAUUGAGCCAUUGUUUA